AUGCGUAUCUCCAGCCUCGCCGUCCUCCUCUCCGCCGCCUUCUCAGCCUCGGCCUACUGGGAUAUCUCCUAUUACACCGAUGCCAACUGCAAAACCCUGACUGGCGAGGAAAGUCUUGAUAAGCCAGUCAGCUGUCAGAACUUUGAUAGCAGCGUUGCUAUCAAAUCAGUCGACGUUGCCAGCAAUGGCUACACCCUGACCGCAUAUGUUGGAAAGGACUGCAAGGGUGAAGGAUAUUCCCUCCAGGAUGGAAAGUGUGCCAAGGGUGGUUCGAAGAACUAUCCCGAGUUCCGUUCUUUCGAGGUCCCGAAGCUUUGA